CCCUUAUUUGCUGACACAAACAGACACACACUGCCCAAUACAAACACACAAUACUUCUGAAACUAUACAUAGUGCUCUAUUUUUGCAGUGCCACAGUACACUUGAACUCACAAAGAGCCGUUGUGUAAAGGGUACUUGCCAAAAAAAACAAAAUAAAAAGGUACAUUUCUUAAGGUAAAUAAAGAGUAGAACAAGCUGAGCUUAGAAGGCAAAAUAGUUGUAGCAGUGGAAGAAAAUAGAAUGGCAAGGAAAUUCAGUAUAAUAUUUGCAGCUUGUUUGCUGUUAAUGAUUCUUGGCAUUUGCAGAGCAAGCAAAGUUGGAGUUUGCUACGGACGAAAUGCUGAUGAUCUUCCAACGCCUGAUAAAGCUGUGCAGCUCAUUCAAAUGCACAACAUUAAAUAUGUAAGGAUAUACGACUCUAACAUCCAGGUCCUGAAGGCCUUUGCCAACACCGGAAUCGAGCUUAUGAUCGGAAUUCCAAACUCAGAUUUGCUUCCGUUUGCUCAGUUCCAGUCUAAUGCCAAUACAUGGUUAAAAAACAGCAUACUUCCUUACUAUCCAGCCACAAAAAUCACUUACAUAACUGUUGGUGCUGAACUCACGGAAGCCCCGAAUAGUACGUCCGCUCUGGUGGUCGCUGCAAUGCAAAACGUGUUAACGGCUUUGAAAAAAGCCGGUCUUCAUAAGAAGAUUAAAGUCUCUAGUACCCAUUCCUUGGGUGUAUUAUCCCGGUCAUUCCCGCCUUCGGCAGGAGCAUUUAACAGUAGUCAUGCAUAUUUUCUUAAACCGAUGUUGGAAUUCCUCGCAGAGAAUAAGUCACCUUUUAUGAUCGACUUAUAUCCGUAUUACGCAUAUCGAGACUCUUCUACCAAUGUGUCCUUGGACUAUGCGUUAUUCGAGGCAUCCUCUGAAGUGAUCGAUCCGAACACGGGGCUACUCUACACGAACAUGUUCGAUGCCCAGCUUGAUGCUAUUAACUAUGCGUUAAUGGCUCUAAAUUUCAAAACGGUUAAUAUCAUGGUGACCGAGACAGGCUGGCCGUCUAAAGGAUCUCCGAAAGAAACGGCUGCAACUCCAGAUAAUGCUCAGACUUACAACACAAAUUUGAUCCGACAUGUUGUCAACAAUACCGGAACACCCGCAAAGCCGGGAGGGGCAGUCGAUGUUUAUGUUUUCUCGUUGUUCAACGAGAACAGGAAGCCUGGUUUAGCAUCCGAGAGGAACUGGGGUUUAUUUUUCCCGGACCAGACAAGUGUAUAUAACCUCGAUUUUACUGGAAAGGGUGUUGUAGACAUGACUGGAAAUACUACCGGUUCAAAUGGAACGUCGUGGUGCAUUGCUUCAGCUUCUGCAUCUGAAGCGGAUCUUAAGAAUGCGUUGAGUUGGGCUUGUGGUUCUGGAAAUGUAGACUGCUCCGCUAUACAACCGAGUCAACCGUGUUUUGAGCCUGAUAACCUUGCAUCACAUGCUUCUUAUGCGUUCAACAGUUACUACCAGCAAAAUGGAGCCACUGAUAUUGCUUGCAGUUUUGGAGGAGUUGGCGUUAGAACAAACAAGAAUCCAAGUUAUGACAACUGUCUCUAUGCAACGACUGGUGGUAAAAAAGCUAUUGCUGGUAAUGCAACGGCGGCUAGUCCUUCCAACUCUUCAUCAUCAUCCCCUCAAAGGAGUUACCAGUGGACUCAACAUCUACUUGUGGCUUUUCCUUUGUUCCUCCUAGUACCCUUCUGAUAUAACUUGGCUGGAAAUGUCUCGAGUGAAUGGAACGAAGAGUAAUCCGGAGAGGAAAAAAAUGUAAAAGCAGGAUAAUUUAUGGUGAUAUGAGUUCCCUUGAGAAGGCUACAAAUAUUGCUUCUCAAAUAUGUUGGAGCUAAGGAUGCUUGGGUAAUUGAUGCAGAUUCCAUAUGAUGCACAAAAUUUUGUAAAAUAGAAGAAACCCAAUCAUUCAAUCUGGAAACAUUUUGUAAUCCAUUUUGUUGAUUCGUUGGCUAGCAAACUUGGUACUAAUUCAUUUUAGUGAAUCUUUGUAAUGAACUUCUCACAAUUUUCCUCAUUAGUAUUUGGGAAGCAUGUUUCAUAGUA